AUGAACGAAUCCUUCCACGCCCAAGUCCCGGCACCUCGUGUCACCACUAGCCCCAACUCAAACCACCAUUCACCCUCGCCGGCCGGCAACCAACCCCCGUCCGCGGCUUACGGCAGCCCAGGAGCCGGCGUCGUCGACGGCGCCAGCCUAGUCCGACGUUGGCUUCAUUACGGUCCGCGUCAGUGGCGACCAAUGACACAACCUCCUCCUCGUGUUCCCAAGAACGGUCUUCAGCCCGAGGGGGAUCGUCAGAGACACUUCUCAGACCCCUCGAAAACGCGGGUACCUGGAAAAAGCAAGCGCUAG